UGCAUUUACUUAAGUACAUCGCUUUGUUUGAAUGACUGCAUUUACAUCGCUUUGUUUGGAGAAGAUUAGUCCAUUCAAAUAAUUUCGCUUUUACAGUUUUACCUUAGAUUAAAUAUCAGGAGCUGUUUCCAGUAUUUUGUUCUGGCAUUCAGUAGAGAUUAGCGUCGUGGGUUUCACUUCAGUUUCAGUAGACCAGUGCUGUAUUAGAAGGAACGUCGAGCCUAAAACAUGGAUCGAUCAACUGUACUUAUUGUUUUUUUCGCUGGAAUGAUAUUGAUGGCGAUAACCAACGUGAACUGCACGCUCGGAGUGUCCAGGUCGGCAACUUUAUAUUACUCUUCUGUUGAGUUGCACUUUUCCACUUGAAGAUCUUCGCAGUGUGUCAGGAUAUUCAACAUGGAGAAGUUUUAUUAAUGCACACAAAUGUUACAAUGCCGGAUUACGAGGAAAUUCGAUCGGAAUUACUUAAAACGGCUGGUGCGAAAAAUUCUCAGAUACUCUUUGAAGAUCCAGAUUUUCCUCCGGUUCAAACAUCAGUAUUUUACCAUCAAAAGUCAUCCCAUAAAUUUUCGUGGAAACGUCCCAAGGAAAUAAAAAACUACGAGAAUCCUGUGUUCCUUCUGGAUGGUUUGUCACAAUUUGACGUUUCCGUUGGACCUCUCGGAGAUCGCUGGCUUGUGACGGCGUUUGGUGUUCUGCAUUCUGCGCGUGGAUUAUUUUACCGUGUCGUGCCGGCUGACCAGAGCUUCACUGACCAGUAUUGCGGCCUCUUCCGCUUCCGAUUAUGGUGGUGCGGCGAAUGGACGGAAGUGUUGGUGGAUGAUGCGCUGCCGGUUGUCGAUGGCCGACUGAUGUUCAUACAGUCGCAGCAGACCAAACAGUUCUGGCCGUCAUUGCUGGAGAAAGCGUACGCCAAACUGCACGGCUCUUACGAAGCUAUAAAAUAUGGAAAUAUUCUCGAUGGUUUGGCCAAUCUCACCGGCGGUGCGGCGGAAUCUGUACCGAUCACACCGGAUUCGUGCAAUCUGGUUUUUAACACCGUCCUCAACAAAACCUCCAUAGUUACGUGUGCCGCUUUGUCGGACGAGGGUGGCCUUCGAAAUUUUGACAAGCUGCACAAUGGAAUAUUGUUGGGAUGCAAUUACCGACUCCUAAACAUCGAACGAGUGCAAGCAAAAAAUGCUGAACGCCACUCACUCCUUCGUUUGCAAAGUCCCUGGGGAACUUCGGAUUACACCCAUCCGCCGAUGUGGGAUGACUAUCCUCUACACGAGAAAGACCGUCUAGGUGUCGGUUAUGUUCCAGAAGGCGAAUUCUGGAUGACGGAAAAAGACUUUCUAGCCACGUUUACCCACUUUGAACUGAUACAUCUCGAUGGCGACACAUCCCUCGAUGAGCCCAGCUUACGGAAUAAGCAGCCGUGGACGAUGCGCGUUUGGGAGGGUCGUUGGCAGAAAGGCGUCACAGCCGGCGGAUGCCGCAACAACGUGGACACAUUCCACAUUAAUCCCCAGUUUUUGCUCAUUGCUGCCGAGGAAGAUGAAAUUAUCAUCUCCAUACACCAGCAUGUUGUGCUCAGUCCCUUAGUCGUGGGAUUUUCUGUAUAUGCGAUAUCGUCCGUAGGUGGUCGUUUGGAUGCUCAAUUUUUCAAGAAACACCAUGCUAUUUUGCAUUCCGCCUAUACGAAUACGCAGCAAGUGACCAGUCGGUGUCGACUGCAGCCUGGUCAGUACGUCAUCAUUCCCACUUCCUUCGAAGCUGGGCAGGAAGCGGCGUUUACGCUGCGGGUGUAUUCCUCGGUCCCGGUCAAUUUGGGUCUUCUCGACGAUGUCCCUGCUCAAUUAAAACCCGUUGUGCUUCGGGCGGCAAACGACAACGGCGAGAAGGUGUACAUGAAAGUAUUCGAAGCGGCAUUUUUACAGCUGGCUGAUGAGCGUAAAACCAUCAGUGCAUUCGAUUUGGCCGAGCUGUUGGAUGCUGUUUUACCAAAUGAUUAUGUGAAGAGCUGCGCCACAUCGGAAUGCUGCCGAGAAGUUGUCUUGGCGUUUAAUCCGUUUGGUGGAGGUCGUUUAACAUUCCAGAGCUUUCGAGAUUUCAUUCAUAAUUUAAGAAUAUGGCAGAGCAUAUUUAAAACGCACUGUAACGGCGCGGUUCUACCAGCGGAGAAGCUAAAGGAUGCUUUAGCAGAUGUGGGUUUUAAACUAAACUCGGACAUUUUAUCAUUGCUCAUGCUCCGCCACAUGCGAAAAGAAGGUCUACUAAGGUUUGGAGAUUUCAUUACCUGCAUACUCCAUUUGCAGACCGCAUUUAGCAUAUUCAAUCGCAAAGACCCUUCCCAAGUUGGUUACGUUAAGAUGACCAUGACCGAGUGGUUGCGCAGCUCGCUACGCUGCUAAGCCUGCAGUUCGCACUUGCAUUUCGUGUUUACUACGCUGUUUGGGCAAAGCCUACCACCAUCAGAAAGCUCUACUCUAAUGACCAAUCCACAUUAAAAACCGUACGUCAGCGGUUGGAUGGUUGAUUUGGAUUGUGACCUUUUAUAAUUUGUUAAUACUAACAAUGCAUAUGUAGCGCAUUUGUCAGCGCCGAAUUUCGGACUGUUUCUAGCCGUUGUGGAAGUUGUUGUUGAUUGACGAUUGUAAAGGUAGUUCAGCGUAACGAUUGUAAAGGAUUUGGUCAAUAAAGAA